AUGGUGCAUCUCACAGAAGAGAAAGAGAAGGAAAAGUCAAACCGCCUUCAAAGGGUCAAAGAGUCCAGCAACAGCCCUACGGAGCGGGGAGCAAAGCGAGUCCAGGUAACCAUGCGAAUCCAGACCUCACGCAGCUCCUCGGAUUGUGAAAGAAAAGCUAGAGGAUCACGACCGACGAGAGGGAUGGGACCAAAGGCUCCAUCCAUCCUCCGAGCAGGAGACAAAGAGUCCCCGGCUGGGCAGUUACGUCCCUGCCCGGGGGAGCGCUGGGAGAGGUCCUGGCGGCGGGCCCCGCACCCAGCCGGUGGCCCCCAGCGUGGAGGACAAACCCGGCUCCGAGAACCGCGUCUGAUUCAGCCUUGCACUCCGCUGGGCUGCAUUUCAAGCUCUAGGGAUCGUUCACGCGCCCGGCCCCUGGUUGCAGAGGCCAGUGUACUCCGACUUCGGGGUCACUACGGGAUUUCUGUGAAAAGGAAAGUGAAAGACCGGGAGGUUACUCACUAUAAACAAUACCCUCCCAACACAAGCAAAGUUUAUUCCUACUUUGAAUGCCGUGAAAAGAAGAUAGAAAACUCCAAAGUAAGGAAGGUGAAAUACGAGGAAACAGUAUUUUAUGGGUUGCAGUACAUUCUUAAUAAGUACUUAAAAGGUAAGGUAGUGACCAAAGAGAAAAUCCAGGAGGCCAAAGAAGUGUACAAAGAACAUUUCCAAGAUGAUGUCUUUAAUGAAAGAGGAUGGAACUACAUUCUUGAGAAAUACGACGGCCAUCUCCCAAUUGAAGUAAAGGCUGUCCCUGAGGGCUCUGUCAUCCCCAGAGGGAACGUGCUCUUCACCGUGGAGAACACAGACCCUGAGUGCUACUGGCUCACCAACUGGAUUGAGACUAUUCUCGUUCAGUCCUGGUAUCCAAUCACAGUGGCCACAAAUUCAAGAGAGCAGAAGAAAAUCCUGGCCAAAUACUUGUUAGAAACUUCUGGUAACUUAGAUGGUCUGGAAUACAAGUUACAUGAUUUUGGUUACAGAGGAGUGUCUUCACAAGAGACUGCUGGCAUAGGAGCUUCUGCUCACUUGGUCAACUUCAAAGGAACAGAUACAGUGGCAGGAAUUGCUCUAAUUAAAAAAUACUACGGGACAAAAGAUCCUGUUCCAGGCUAUUCUGUUCCAGCGGCAGAGCACAGUACCAUAACAGCUUGGGGGAAAGACCAUGAAAAAGAUGCUUUUGAACACAUAGUAACACAGUUCUCAUCAGUGCCUGUGUCUGUGGUCAGCGACAGCUAUGACAUUUAUAAUGCUUGUGAGAAGAUAUGGGGUGAAGACCUCAGACAUUUAAUAGUAUCGAGAAGUACAGAGGCGCCACUCAUCAUCAGACCUGACUCUGGAAACCCGCUUGACACUGUACUGAAGGUCUUAGAUAUUUUAGGCAAGAAGUUUCCUGUCACUGAGAACUCAAAGGGCUACAAGCUGCUGCCCCCAUACCUGAGAGUCAUUCAGGGAGAUGGCGUGGAUAUCAACACUCUGCAAGAGAUCGUAGAGGGAAUGAAACAAAAAAAGUGGAGUAUUGAAAAUGUCUCCUUUGGUUCUGGCGGAGCUUUACUACAGAAGUUAACAAGAGACCUCUUGAAUUGCUCCUUCAAGUGCAGCUAUGUUGUCACCAAUGGCCUUGGGGUUAAUGUCUUUAAGGACCCAGUUGCUGACCCCAACAAAAGGUCAAAAAAGGGACGAUUAUCUUUACACAGGACACCGGCAGGGAACUUCGUCACGCUGGAAGAAGGAAAAGGAGACCUUGAGGAAUAUGGCCAUGAUCUUCUCCAUACGGUUUUCAAGAAUGGAAAGGUGACAAAAAGCUAUUCAUUCGAUGAAGUCAGGAAAAACGCACAGCUGAACGUCCAGCAGGACGAGGCGCCGCAUUAGGCCUGAUUGCUGUGUGUGCAGUGUGUGUGCAUACAUGCACUAUGUGUGUGCUUGUAUGUAUUCAAUAACAUGUUCAUUGUACAGAUGUGUGGGUUUGUGUUUAUGAUAUACUACAGCCAGAUUAUUUGUUGGUUUAUGGACAUACUGCCCUUUUUAUUUUUCCCCCAAUGUUUAGAUGAUCUCAAAUUAGGAAACACUUAUAACCAUGUACAAGAUUAAUGCUAAAGUAAGCUUUUUAGGGCCCUUUGCUUAUAGAUAGUAACUCGGUCUGUGUUGGCCUUUUCACAAAUCACAGAACCAAGAAACUUUUAUAUAUAACUGCAGAUCACAUCAAACAGAUUUGCAUAAAUUACCAUGACUGCUUUAUGUUUAUAUUUAACUUGUAUUUUUGUACAAACGAGAUUGUGUAAGAUAUAUUUAAAGUUUCAGUGAUUUAACGGUCUGUUUCCAACUUUUCAUGAUUUUUAUGAGCACAGACUUUCAAGAAAAUACUUGAAAAUAAAUUACAUUGCCUUUUGUCCAUUAAUCAGCAAAUAAAACAUGGCCUUAACAAAGUUGUUUGUGUUAUUGUACAUUUGGAAAUUAUGUCAGGACAUAUACCCAACAGAAUUACUAACCUCACUGCCCUUGUAGAAUAUGUAUUAGUCAUUCUACAUCGAAGAGAAUUAUGGUUCUUACUCGAAUGUCUAGGCAUUGUACAGUCCUAUAUCUUGGUCAUUGUAUUGUACCAGUGAAAUGCCAAAUUCGAAAGGCCUGUUCUGCAAUUUUAUAUGUCAGAUAUUGCCUGUGGCUCUAAUAUGCACCUCAAGAUUUUAAGAAGAUAAUGUUUUUAGAGAGAAUUUCUGCUUCCACUAUAGAAUAUAUACAUAAAUGUAAAAUAUUGAAAGUGGAAGUAGUGUAUUUUAAAGUAAUUACACUUCUGAAUUUAUUUUUCAUAUUCUAUAGUUGGUAUGACUUCAAUAAAUUGCUGGAGUGGGUAGUGAGUGUACUUAUUUUAAAUGUUUUGAUUCUGUUAUAUUUUCAUUAAGUUUUUAAAAAAUUAAAUUGGAUAUUAAACUGUAUGGAUAUCAUUUAUUAAUUUUAAAUUAAAUCCUCAGUAACUAAUACUUAAGCAAGUUCUUGGUGUUAUCCCCAAUGGAAAGCAUGAUUGUUUAUAGAAGAAUCUUCCAUAACCAGAGAUGUAGCUAAAUUUAAAAUAUCCGGAUCAAAAUGUUGAUGGUGAUUUACUGCUAAACCCUGAUUCAGCCCCUGCAUCCAACACUGGCUUCUUCGGGGUGACACCUGACACUGGGUCAGCGCUAAGGCCCUGCAGGCCAACUUGGCACGGCUCCUCUUUAAUUACAUACUGUCUAAGGCUGCCUCCCACUUUCAUGGCAGAAAUGGAGCAGUUACAAUAGAGACCACACAGUCCACAAAGUCUGGAAUGUUCACGCUUUGUUCACUAAACACUGACACAGAAAGCUCACUAACCUGUGUUCUAAGAACAGGAGCAUGUCUUUGCAUUUUAAGAGAGAUGUUGGUUUUUCUGGGAAGGAAGAAGCUGAAUUUUAUGGAGUUUCUCUUGUUCUUUCUCAUUCAAGUAUCUGAUACUAGAAACCUGAAUUGGAAAAAUUUUAACAGCUUGCCCUUAAGAUGAAAUUUUAAAAGCCAUAAGUCAUGAGCAUACCUCUGAGAACAUACCUCUAAUGUAGUGAGUUCCGGUUUUUGCAGGUGAUCCUAGAACGUACCAGAAACAGAAAGCAUUAUUUACUUUUAGUAAUCCUUGUCCUAUAAUACAUGGUCAAAAAAAAAGUCUUAAACUGACUUUAAUCAGCCUGGGCAUGGUGUGGUGCAUGCCUGAAAUCCCUGAACCAAAUCAGACAAGGAUCAGAAAUCAACAUCAUCCUUGGCUACAUAGCAAACUGCAGGCCAGCCUGGGCUGCCUGCGUCCACUACAUAGCAAACUCCAGGCUAGCCUGGGCUGCCUGCAUCCCUAAGAAAAUUAAAGUGUACCUAAGGUUAGUAGUACUAAAAAGACUUGUCCCAGGUGAGUAUCGUGGUAGGCAUUGGUAAUCCCAGUACCUGAGAGGUAUACACAGAAGAACCAGCCUGAGCUGAGUAGGCCCUUGUCUCUGCACAAGGAGACACACAGCAUCACAGAAUGCUGCAACGAACCUGUCGUUGGUGUGGUACUGAGCGGUCCUCGUGUUCUAUGAAACCAAGCAGCUCCACACGCCAGUUUUAUCUUAAGAGAUUUAGUAAAAACUAGAAGUUUGCAUGUGUGCACAUGGGCCCAAGAGUGGAGUGAGCCAUUUCUCUCGGCUCUGGUCCCCUUGAAGCUGAUGAAAAUUGAAUUCUGCCACUAAGCAGUAUUUGGCCAUCCCCAUUCUGAGUACCAAAUUGCUGACAGAAAUGUCAAAUGGGGUUGUGCUGUGUGUCACCGUUGGAUUGGCCUAACCCUUCCUGACAAAAGCAGAUCACAUACACAGAUUUAAGACGCUAGAUUUGCAGUUGACGUCAGCCUCAAUUCAUAACUUUAGGAUUUUGUGUUAAGUGUUAUUUGUACCCUAUAUUUAAAGUAAAAAGUUUUUAUGGGUAACCCUUUCUUGAAAUAAACUGUUAUGAAGAGAGCUUUUAUAGUGAAAUCCAUCUUAGAAAAUUAGAAAAAUAGCAAGGCAUUCGUUGUUGUGUUUACCGUAACUUAGAAGUCACGUAAACUAGUAUUUUGUAGGUUUACAUUCCUUUUUAACCCAUUCGGUGGAGAAUAUCAAACUUUCUCCCAAGUUGUAUGUUAAGUCAAUUCCAAUAUGUACUCAGUAUCAAAGAUAACAUGUAAUAAACAUGGAAAUAAAGUUUAGUUCUGUUAGUGAAAUGUUAAA